UCCUGUUCGGGUUUUAAAAGUUUAACCGGCUCAAGUUGUAGUUUGAGAAGACAAAGGGUGCUGUGAUGUGGGAGUGGGAUGCGGUCCAUGUCCGCUUGGCGUGAUUAAUAGUUAUGGUGGAGGAACAUUUCCCCGCCCGCUGCUCAGUGUUGACGGAAAUCAAGCGCCAAACGGUGCGGAGAGAAGGGCUGCUCUUCCGGUCAAGGUUUAGGCAAUGCCCGGGAAGGCUAAACGAUAUCAUGUAGUGGGCCACAAUACAUUCAUAACUUAAGUUGUGGACCUAUUAUGGAUUGCAAUAGAAUAUAUAUUUCAAAGAUGUCUAUUGUCGUUGGCCCUCAUCUCAUAAGAGUAGGCUAGUUGCCCCUCCCCAUACUGGGAAUUGAGUAUGCCCUCUGUGCGAACCUAUAAUUUCCAGCAUUACUCAACUGGCCGUAGGGAAUGCAUAAGAGCUGCAGGAUGAAUGGAGGGUCCCUGCACUGACCAGGGGGGGAAAUAUUCAGUUCAAUGAGCUCCCGCAUGCACUAUGCCCUCUCAGCUCAGCACUGACUGACUGACUGACUGACACGCACUCACACCUCCCGGGUACCGGGGCUCACACUCAACAUUCGGACAGAAUUCUGCCUAAAUAAAUCCCAUCCAUCCUACAGUCUUCACGAGAUCCUGCCCUGCCACCGGUUCACCCGAGGAGGCCAUUGGCGGAGAGGCGUCACGUGACCAAGGGGUGCCAAUGUUAUUCUACAAGGGUGUCAAGACCCUGUCAGUUUCUGAAAUAAAUAUUGGGAAACGGCGAGAUGCAAAAGGCAACCUACUACGACAGCUCCGCAAUUUACAGUGGCUACCCGUAUCAAAGCGCAAAUGGCUUCAGUUAUGACGCCAAUCAGGUCCAAUAUCCCCGGGUCUCUCAUGUGGAAAGUGAGUACCAUCGACCCGCCUGCUCCCUGCAGUCCCCAGACGGCUCGGUCGCCCUGCAGAAGUCGGGAGAGAUAGCAGAGAGCUGCGAUAUGAGUACGGCCAUCCAGGCGGCGCAGCCACCCGUCCUCACCGACAGCAAUCAACCACAGGUGUCGGUGUCUGUCCCGCCACCGCCUCCUCAGUCACAGUCCCCUGGUUCUCUCAACCAGAACAAGAGCAACGGCUCCAGUCAAGCCGACUCAAAUGGCUCCGUACACGGCUCGCCGACCUCCACCACCCGGAAGCACAUCUUCCCAUGGAUGAAAGAGUCCCGUCAGAACCAGAAGCCUAAAACCAGUAGCUCCAGCUCAGUUGAGAGUUGCCAAGGAGACAAGAGCCCUCCGGGCGGGUCAGCCGCGUCGAAAAGAGCCCGGACGGCUUAUACCAGCGCACAACUGGUGGAACUGGAGAAGGAGUUCCACUUCAACCGUUACCUCUGCAGACCCCGCAGGGUCGAGAUGGCCAACCUGCUCAACCUCACGGAGAGGCAGAUUAAGAUCUGGUUCCAGAACCGCAGGAUGAAGUACAAAAAGGAUCAGAAAGGGUGCGGCAUGAUGCCCUCUCCCGGGGGACAGUCCCCUCGGAGCCCCCUCGGUCCAUCUCCCAGUAGUGGGGGUGGAGGAUACCUCAACUCUAUGCAUUCUCUGGUUAACAGUGUCCCCUAUGAGUCCCAGUCGCCAACGUCUUACAAUAAGCCCUCUCAUAAUGCAUACGGUAUGCCCACGUCAUAUCCCCCUCCCUUGAACAGCUCCCUAAACAACUGCCCGCCCUCUCAGAAGAGGUAUUCCGGGACUGGCCGCUCGCCCACGCCCGAGUAUGACGCGCAUCCUCUCCAAGGCAAUGGGGGCUAUGGGGCGCACUUGCAGCAGGGCAGCCCUGUGUAUGUUAGCGGAGGCUACAUCGAUUCGAUGCCCAACAACGGGUCCUCCAUUUUCGGCCUGACCCAUCUCUCGCACCCGCCGUCCACACACAUGGACUACAAUGGAGCAAUCACGAUGGGCAAUAGUCACCAUCACGGACUGUGUGAUCCGAACCCGACGUACACAGACCUUACGCCGCACUACUCUCAGGGAAGAAUUCAGGAAGCGCCCAAACUUACGCAUCUGUAGCCGGGAUGCACCCCGGAUCACUCCGCCCCAUUGUCCUAUACCUCCAGACCUACCAUCGCUUUGUUCCUUCUCUUCUUCAGUAGCUUCUUCCACCUUUUCUUUGUUUUGGGUUUUGUUUUUUUAUAUAGUUGAAUGUGUGAAGUAGGAUAGGAAAGUAAUCACUUUGCUUCAAAUAUUCUGUCUAUUUGCUAUGGUGUCAUUGUUCCACGCAGACAUUAUCUGAUAUGACAGGCGCGGGGCACAUAUGCAUAGACCUAUUUAAUCUUUAGCUUGUUUCUAAAAACAAAAAUCAAACAGGGUAUAUGAUCAAAUAUUAUGGUAUUCUUUUUAAUGUGAAUUUUUGUUAUUUAUCCGCAGUUGAAUAUAUGUUUUUGUGUUAUUGUUUUGCAUUUUGUUGCACUUGUGGAAGGAUCCUUAUAGGAAUCAUGUGCAGGGUUUUUUGAGACACACACACACACACACACACAAAAAGGAAGGUCUGGAUGCUCCAGCCUAUGACCUACCCAAAUUGUGUUCUGUUGAAUUUUCAACAUUUUAUUUCUUUUUGUUCUGACGUGAUAUUGAGUACUUUAGUAUUAUUUAACCACCCUGUGCUCUUUGUGGGGAGAAGGUUGUUGGAAUCAGACUGCUCUACCCGUUACCUGACGGCAGACAGACGACGGACAGACCACAGACAGACGACGGACAGACCACAGACAGACGACUCUCAGCAGCACAUAAUAUGUUGGUGUUAUUUUUCUUCGAGGAGGUGUUUUAUUUCUCUACGAUUGUAAAUCACGCAAUCAUGCAAUAAGGUUGGAAGGAAGGACAGACAUUAUAAUUUUUUGUUAUAGAAUUAUUUUUUGUUGUUGAGAUAUUACCAAGUUUCUGUUUCACUGUCAUACAUUCCAUCCUGCUCCAGUUCGAUAAAUACAUAAAUGAUUUUCAAUAAAAAUGUAUCUUUCAACCUU